AUGACAGAUAUGGAGACUUUCGUGGAGAAUCUGCAGAAGUCCCUCAAGUACUAUGGUAAAGUGUACCAGAUCAAGAAAUACACUAUUGAUGGCUUCUUUGAGGGUCAUGUCAGCUUCCUGAUCGACACUUCGGUCAAGUACACUGACGCGGAAGACAGAGGAGCACCACCAGUUUGCCAUUUCUGCCGUCAGAGUGGACACAUUUGUGCUGCUUGUCCUAUCCUAGCUAAACGCAAAUGUUUCAAAUGUCACAAGUUGGGACACACUGUUAAGUUCUGUCGAGAGGGAGAGAAGCCUUUUGACGAAGCAAUCGCCAAAUAUGAGUCAGGCCAAAGAGAUCACACUGAUUCCUACUCAGCCACUUCAAUUGAUAAAGAUAACGAAAAAGAGAAGGGCCACAGAGCAUCCCCUGCGAUCAAUGAUAUUCUCGCGCAGCAACUGCCAUCCCAGAUAGCCGGCAAAACGACCGAGCUCACAAGUAGCCAGAUCAGUACCUUCUUUUACGCAGAUGACAGCCAAACCUGGGACCAGUCUCCGGAUGUGAUGAAGAUAGAUCCCCAGACCCUCCAGCGUUCUCCCAACGGUAGCGAUGCUUCUAAGCAUGCUCUGUUAGCUUCGUCCUUCCAUAUGCAUUUGGAUCCCAAGUUAUCUGCUGACAAUAUCUCCUCUCCCAAUGAUUUCCAGACUGAUGUGCCCUCUCUCCGCCGUCAUUCUAUGAGCUCGACGUCUAUGUCGCAGCCAACAGUGUAUCAGGACACCCGUAGGGCAUAA